AAUUCUCCCCAUACGGUCAUCUCUAGGACUACAAAACAUUUUCCCUCCCGAACUGCAGCCUCAUUGGGGGAGCGAACAGGGGUGACGAAGCGACGUGAUCGUCCGUCCGUCUUCGCCAUUUUCAGUCCAAUUUCCCUCCAAAGCAAUCUCUCUCUCCCUCUCUUCCUGAGCUUUUCACGCUGCCGGGUGGUGGGUCGCGCGCCGCUUGAGAAGAGAAGCGUCUCCCCGAUUUAACGUAAACUCUGGGAGAGAUUGUGAAGCUGAUGGAUUCAAGGCCUCCGGUUCACAAAGCUAAGUGCUUGCACUUGAACAACGCCCAAGAUGUUGACAGUCAUACGCGUAUAUGUGACCUACCUGAUGAAAUCCUUCUGCGCAUUCUGGGUCGUCUGCCAUUAAAAGAAGUCGUUCGAACGAGUGUGUUGUCGAAAAGGUGGGAGUAUCUGUGGACGUCAAUUUCUAGUCUUGUCUUCAGAGAAGAUGAAAGCAACGGCAGGACAGUUUUCAUGAACUUUGUGGAGAGAGCAUUGUUACUUUGUCAGUCGUCUCCUCUGAAAUUGUUUUCUCUUAAUUAUGUGAUCGAUGGUGACGAAUACGUUGAUGGUGAUGAGUCUCGUAUAAAUUCGUGGAUUACUGCUGCUGUAAGGCGCAAUGUUCGGGAGCUUCGAUUGCACCUUGGAAUAGAACAUCCUGCUUUUAUUUACAGCUUACCUAGCUGUAUAUUUAGAUGCGAGACAUUGACAGAAUUCCAUCUGUUAUUGAACGGCACCCUCAGACUUCCUUCUUCAGUAUGUCUCAAGAAUCUGAAGGUCUUAGCUCUUGAGUAUCUUCAUCUUGUGGAUGAUAGGUCGCUCGAGCAGCUGUUUUCAUGCCCUUCCCUUGAGACGUUGUCUCUGGACUAUUGCAUUUGGCCAGAGGAUAUGAUUUUGAAUAUUUCUGCUCCUAAGCUUUUGAGCUUGUCCAUAGUUGAACGUGACUCUUUUCUAGAUAUUGGAAGUCACUCUCGCAUCACAAUUAUUGGCCCCCGUAUGAAGUCUUUUGACUAUUAUGGUGAAUUUUUGGAUGAUUAUGCCAUAACUGGCUCACCCCCUCUGGAAGAGGCUAUCGUCCAUGUGUAUCAUCCAUCCGACAUAGAGAGAAAACCAGAUCUAUGUGCGCCCCAUGCAUUUAAGCUUUUGAAGGACCUUUCUCAUGUUAGACUCCUGACUUUAUCUGAGGACGCCCUUGAGGACUUGGACGAAAACAGGGAGAUUAUUGAUCUUGACUCCCUUCCCUUCUUUAGUCAUCUUACCAAAUUGAAAUUCACAACUCGCAACGUGGACCUAGAUUCUGUAACGUUUCAGGCAUUGGUCGGCAAAUGCUCCAUCCUAAGGAGUCUAGAGUUUGAUGCGGGUGUUUCCAUCGAGUCUGGAACGGCCGAAGGGAUAUUGGACCCGGCGCCUCAGUCUUUCCUGACGUCACUCAAGGAGAUCACAAUUAGUUACUUCCAUGCGGCUGAUGAUGAACUCCUGGCUGUAAUGAUUUUGCUGAGGGCUGCUGUGGUUUUGGAGGAACUCGUCAUACAUUGUACGGAGCAGUGUUUUCUGCAUUUCCCAGGGGACUUGAUAGAAUCAUUGCUGGCACUCCCGAGGGCUUCGAGUCGAUGUGCAAUCAGCCUUUUGCCAUGCGAAAUGCAGAUCCAGGAUUAGCUUUCUCUGGUUACUUUUUGUCGACUGCAAUCGGAUGUGUAGGUUCCUUCUUCCUUUUGCUGAAACAAACAGCUCUCGGCAACAUCAUUAAUUAGAGUCGUGUUUGGAGAUUUGUGCUCUUGAGAAUGAAUUGCGGGUGCCUAUGCUGCAUUCAGGAACAAGUCUCAUGAGUUGACAGAUCAUAAGCUUUUUCUUAAUUCUUUUCAGGUUGAAUCUAGCAGCACACAAACUUUGGCUU